AAACAUGUAAACAUCUAGUCUUUCGUGUAAGGGAAUUCAGUUUAUUCGUUUUUCCUUCACGCAAACAAAUGUAACGAAAUAAUUUCAGUUGAUAUUUUUUUUGUUUUUACAAAUAUUUUUAGAUACUCGUAGAUAAGUGUUUUACUACAUAGAACACUCCGCAUCGUGAAUUUUAAAAACUGUUGCCAACUCUUUUUUUUUGAUAUAAUUUGCCAGAAGCAGAGAUUAAUUGCGUUAACAUCAUGAUUCAAAUGAAAUCUGUUAUCUGGACGUGCAUUCACAUAUUCGUAUUGAGCAUCAUAGUCUCGAGUAAAGCAGAAGGAGAACUGAGCAAAACCUCAAAUCAGCCAACCACAAAUACCAGCGGAGACAUCAAAACAAAUAAAAUUGGCCAGGACUCCACAAACAACCCAACAGCGACGACAAACUCCAAAGAUGCAGUAUCUGUAGCCCUGCAAAAAUGUGAAGAAUACGCUAAUUAUCGAUACGUCAAGAAAUUGCAACCGCCUAUGGCUGGAAAACCAGGACAAUCGUUCAACACAAUAGACUGCGCGAAUGUAGAAUCUCUAAUUGCCGGAGGAAUACAAGCGAAACCUAAAGAAUACCCUCAUAUGGCUCUGAUCGGUUCCGGAAACAGUUUCGAAGACGUUUCAUGGAAUUGUGGUGGCUCAUUGAUAAGUGAAAAAUUCGUUUUGGGUUCAGCACUAUGCGGCCAAGAUUUCCCUUCAUAUGGAUCAACACAAUGGAUAUUAUUAGGAGACCUGAACAUCAAUUCGAAAACAGACGACGCCAAGCCAGCUGUCUAUAAAAUAAAAAAAGUCCACCAACAUCCAAAUUUUACAGCAUAUUCAGCACCACAUAAUAUUGCUCUUUUCGAAUUGAAUACUACUGUUGAAAUAAGUCCAUAUGUGAGACCAGCCUGUCUAUAUACAUCCACCUCUGUUCCAGUAAACACCACAGGAAAGAUUACUGGAUGGGGAAGAACAGGCAUAAUCGACAGAACUAGCGAUAAUUUAUUAAAAGCCAGUGUUUCGUUCCUGGAUGAUGAAAAAUGCAUUGAAAAGCUUCCAAACGAUAGUUCAGGCAAUCAACGAGUUGCUUACGACCCUAAUUCAAUGAUAUGUGCUGGAGAUUUCGUCCAUGGUGCGGAUACAUGCGCGGGUGACUCCGGAGGUCCAUUACAAAAACCGGUGGAUAAUCAAGUAUGCAUGUGGAAUAUAUUGGGAAUCACAUCUUAUGGAGAGGCAUUUUGUGGAGAUAAGGAAACACCAGCAGUCUAUACCAAAGUUGCAUUUUACCUCGAAUGGAUUAAAGAUAUUGUGUGGCCUUGAAAGAUGCUCCAAUCUUAUUAUUAAUAAAUAAUGCUACGAUAAAUUGUCUUUAAGAAAUUCGGAAUACAUUCGAUCUUGUAUUAUCACUGUAUAAUAAAUCAUAGGUACCUA